AUGGCCAAGAACACAUGCAAGCUCUGCUCCCGCCGCUUCGCCAGCCCGCGCGCGCUCGCCGGCCACAUGCGCUCCCACUCCGUCAAGGUCGCCCGGCCGCAGCAGAUCUCGUCGGCCUCCUCCGCGUCCACCUCCGUCGCGGCCGCGGACGACGACGCCAGGAUGGCCAUCCAGGCCCACGUGCUCCGCGGCAAGCCCAAGCGGCGGGCGCGCCUCGCCGAGUCCGACUUCUCGGAUCGCGAGAGCGAGGCGGAGUACCCGUCGCAGUCGCCUGGCGCCAAGCGCGUGCAUGCCGGAUCGCGCGACGCCGAGCCGGUGAGCUCCGUGUCCGACGCCGCCACGCCGGAGGAGGACGUCGCGCGGUCCCUCAUGAUGCUCUCCCGCGACUCCUGGCCCGCGCCGCCGCCGUCCUACCGCGCCGCCGACUCCGACGACGCAGAGGCCGCACCCGCGCCCCCGGCGGCCGAGCAGAAGCGGACGCGGUUCCAGUGCCCGGCGUGCAAGAAGGUGUUCCGAUCGUACCAGGCGCUGGGCGGGCACCGCGCGAGCCACGUCCGCGGCGGCAGGGGCGGCUGCUGCGCGCCCCCGCUCAGCCCGCCUCCCGCGUCCACCCACCUGCAGCCAUUGCCGGAAUGCGAGGAGGGCACGAAGCCGCCGCCGCAUCCGCACGAGUGCCCCUGCUGCUCCCGCGUGUUCGCGUCGGGCCAGGCCCUCGGCGGCCACAAGCGGCCCCAGCUCCGCCCAGCCGCCGCCGCCGUGGCCGCUCAUCCGGCGGCCGCGAUGAAAAGCCUGGGCCUCAUUGAUCUGAACCUCCCGGCGCCGUUCGAGGACGUGGAGCUCUCCGCCGUGUCAGAUCCCUUCCUCGCGGCAAGGCCAGGCCACUGA